CCGACAAUUAUAUGUCCUGGACUCACGCCUAAGACAACCAACCGUACAUGUUCUCUCUUCGGCCACUGCUCUCCUCUCCUCGAAUCCUCCCACGAGCUUCACGCUUCCGUACAUUGUAUCGCGCAUACACAAUGGCAGCAGCACCAAGCGACAACCGACCGGUCGUGAUCAGCGGACCCAGCGGGGUAGGGAAGGGGACGCUGUACAAGCUCCUUCUGGAGCGUCGGCCCAACACAUUCGCAACAUCUGUGUCGCACACGACGCGCGAUCCGCGCCCUGGCGAGACGCGCGAUGUCGACUACUACUACAUCACGAUGGAGGAGUUUGAGAAGAUGAUUGAGGAGGAGAAGUUUGUGGAGCAUGCUAAGUUUGGAGGGAACCGCUAUGGCACUUCCAAGAUGACCAUUGCGAAUCUGACAGCGAGCGGGAAGGUCGUCGUUCUAGACAUUGAGAUGGAGGGCGUGAAACAAAUCAAGAAGUCCACCCUCAACGCACGCUACGUCUUCAUCGCACCCCCCUCAAUGGAGAUCUUAGAAGCGCGCCUGCGAGGCCGCGGCACGGAAAAGGAAGAGAGCAUACAGAAACGUCUGGCGCAGGCCAAGAACGAGAUGGAGUACUCGAAGACCCCGGGGGUUCAUGACUUGAUUAUUGUCAAUGAUGAUCUCGAGAAGGCGUAUUCGGAACUUGAGGCUUUUAUCUACAAGGAGAGGGCUUAGAGAAAUGGGGCUAAGGAGUAGUGUGCAGGGUCAGGGGGCUGCGACGAGGGGAGUUUGGAAGCUUUACAUUGCAUUUGGGAGGUGGGGACUCAAAAGUUUUGAAUACUGCUGACAGGUUACGCUGAUACCAAGAGAGGGUUAUUUAUAUAUUGUAUAUAUAGAGCGAGCAGUAAGUAAAUGUCUCCGAGCAAACGUGAAUAUAGAUAAGAGAGAUCAAAGUAAUCUCAAGCUACGUAUCUCAGUACACACCGUGUCAUUAGUAAUGUAGAGCUUACUGCUAUUGAAAUGAAUUCUCGACAUUAGAAAAGGCUAAUUAAGCAAGGUGAAAAUGGGGAAUUCGGAGUGACAAAGGAAAGCCCAGUUUAAGCGGCCACUUAUA